UGCGCCGAUAACCAGUGGAAGGUUUUUGUGUCUCUCAUCCGCCACACCACCGGAAUAUUACCCGUCAAUAUGUGGGGUUCAGCUGCUGCUGUUUUGUGCCUGGUUCUCUUUUGCCACGUCUCUGCACUCUGGAAGCCCAGUAAUGAUCCCGCCAUGAGCAAUUUGGGUCUUUAUUACGAGACCAUGGAGUGUGAUGACGAAAAUGCACGAUGCGUCCACUGCUUCCAGGAGAAGGCCGCUGGGGAGGUGUAUAUGCAUACCUUUGAAUUUACAAAGGACCCCGCCAAAUACCAGAUUAACAUGUUCACAGGCAAGGUUGAUCGGAAGUUGUACGUAAUAAGAAACAACACUGAGAAGGUAUUCCGCAUGUGCUUCGAGCACAAUUGGACCCCUACUGGCCACGACGACUUCAAAGUCGACAUCUGCAUGGACAACAACUUCAAAGGUGCGCCGGUAGCCGAGGGCUGUGGCAAACCGGUGGCUGUGGUCACCUUCGACUAUCACCACUCGGAUGAUAAAAUCCACGGCCAACAAAUCGUGUACUGCACCCCGACGGUGACUCCGCAGAUGACAGGACAGCCUGCCUAAGGCGGGCUUCGGAGGUCUCCUCGAGAAUGCGCAUGGCAUAGGCCCUUUUCCUAAUUUUGACUUCAUAGAAUUCUAAAUCAUUGUCGAAAAAAAUGCUGAGUUCCAUAAGGCCUACCUCCUUUAUAUAAUGUACUGUUGUUGCUAAAUAAACGCUAUUGUGGUUCGGGAUUUUUUCCUCCAAUGAGGUCUUUAUUUGGGGAGUUUAGCUGUCAGCUGUGAAAAGGUAUGUUGAGAUGUGAUAGUCCUUGAAUGAUUUGAUAUCACGCCGUCAAUCUUUUUGAGAGUGGUAAGAGUUAUUUGGCAGUGUGACAAGUGUUGUUCAGCGCCACAGUCAGAUUGUGUUUUUAAGGUAGCACAGGACUAAAUACGUGCCCGUAGAUAAUAGCGUAAAGGGGUGAGAAAUAGCGCCGCGUGGUGACGCCCAGGAAGAUUGUGGCCAGUCACACUUGUAAGUCAAAUUUUGACUUUGGCAAUUGUUGUUCUCAAUUUCACUAAUAUUUUUGUCUGGGUAAUAUUUAGAGAUAGAGGAUAAAAUUAAAUGAUAUGAAAGAGAAAAACUAGGGGAUGAUGUGAACCUGAAUGUUAACUUUGAAUGACCUUAAAAUGUUAAGAAGCAGUUUAUGUUAUAAGAUUUACUAGAUUUGAACUCAAGUGCGUUUGUCUACCACUGUAGCUCAAAUAGCAUGUUGUAUUCGCAAAACAAUGGCUUCCAACAAGCACAUAUUUACAGUGUCGUGUUCCUGUGCAUAUGUAGCUUUUAAAGUUUUGUUUUCAUCCUAGAAACCAAGAAUUGGACUUUUCACUCUAGUGGAUAUCCUCUCCAGGAAAUAUUUUGGUAUUUCACUAUUCGCAAAUUGCGAGUAGCACUCUGGGUACCCAGUUUACAGACAGAGGAAUUGUUAUUCUUGCUCGAGGGCAAAAGGGGGUUAGCCUAUCUGUCUUGAGCAGGAGCACCCCCUCAUCAGAUGAAAAGAGCCAUGUUGGUGAGUCUUCAUUUUGGUAGCGACUCGAUCGUACGGCAUGUGUUUUCAUAGCCGUUUGUGAACCGGCAAAACGCAUUUCUGAUCAUAGGAGCCUCCGUUGCUAGGAAAAUUGUGCCCUCUCUUGGUCCACCACGGGCUGGUUCAUAACAUUAUUCCUUCAGUACAUAUGCACCGACAUCAAAAUAACAGAGCUGUGCUCGUUCACAGCUUCCUACCCUCGUCUUUUGACGUCGCUUUCAUGUGCGCCACAAAAAUCUUUCCUUGCAGCAGAAGAUGUUGGAGCACAAAUCGUGAUGAUGUAAUCAGUAUACCAAUAAUCGGAUCUUUGCAGACUGAGUUUAUUGGGGUUUUACGAAUGGAUGAAUAGGCUAUAACCCAAGGACAACGCCAUGUGUUCGAUACAGAAAAGCCGUAAUCAUUAAGCGGUACCAACACAAAAAACGUUACUGAAAUAGCAGCAAAAUGUGGUAUUGAUUUGAAAUAGGCUUUGUAACAGAGGAAGGAGGAAUCCAAAUUCGUAUUCUCGGUGAAUAGUUCUGCAUACUAAUUUGACGAGGUGAUUUACAUAACUGGCGGAUAUAUCACCACCGUACACAGCGGUGGCAAAACUCUUUGCGGAGAUUGGGGGAAAAGUUCGAAAAACAGGGGUGGGGGGUCGCUGGACAUCGCAUGACACUUGAGGCGCUGCUCAUAAUUACAAUAAUUGUACGUCUUACGUAUACUUAUAUACACCCUUAGGCCCUUAACCUUACCCAAGCGGCGUAUUUUAAGCUUUUGCAAUAUUUCUCCCUUUUUUGGCCAUGAGGAAUACAUUUCGGUUGUUAGAAACCUCGAAAAAAUAGGAGCGACAAUAUCCAUCCUCCAGUAAAAAGCUGGCUGGGCUAAAAUAUUUAACGGUAGAUAAGCCACAUAAAAACGCGUGUCCCUUCGUCGUCUUUUUCAACAGACUGAGAACGUGUACAUAGACAGCACGUCUUUAAAUUCGUCUCACGGGGUUUACAACAGUUUAAUGUGACAGUGAAGAUUCAGUUAAAUUAGAGUUAAAAUAAGAAUUUGGAGACUCUGGAUAUGAUACGAGGAUAUGAUAAAAUAUGGGUUUCUGAAGUUUAUUUUACCAGGUUCAAAAUAACCUGUAAUAAAUGUAAAAGUUAACUUACCAAGACUUCUUCAAAAGCUGCUUUUAUGCAAACGUCGAGGCUUCAAUAGACCAAAUGUUCGACUCAGAAAUUUUCAUCGCUUUCGAAUACUUAUUGGUAAAUGGAAACGUGAAAAGCCUGUGUUAGGAGUCUCUCCCGCGGUGCCUAUAGCUGUUUCCACGAACUGACUUUGCGCGCUGUCUGGUCCCCGCUCUUUGAUCAUUUUAUCCUCAAGCAAAUUUAAAUCUUCAGUUCGGAAACGGUAUACAGGCGUACCAUCUUUAUUUGGAAAGGGAAAGGAUGGUGUAAUUUACGAAAGAAAAGAAUUGGACAGUCGUUUUUUGGAAAAAUAAUCCACCCCCCAACCCAAGAUCUGGAUAAGCUUCUGGGUCAGUGCUUGUUCAAAAAUAAAGGUCUCCAGAGAUCCAUGCGCAUGGAAAUAUCCCGUUCCAUGAGUGAUGUGUCUUAUAUCCCUCUGUCCGUGUCUCUGUCGGGGAUCAGGCUGGCUUUUGGCCUGCCAGGAGUUAUAAUGGUCCCAUGGCUUGUGUAAUGGCUGUAUGGCUACAGGGAGGCAGUACAAAAUCUUUUUCAUGACCUCCAUGACAUUUUCACGUGAUUAUUCCCGGCAUUCGUCACUCUUCUGAGCUAGUUCAAUAUAUCAUAAAAAGCUAGGUCAUCGCCGAACAAAGCGCACGAGUCCGCAUAGGGCUGCGCCCACGGGGUCCACCAUAGCGAUCAAAGUAAAAUUAAUGAUCUCCACGGAGCAGACUAUCGCACGCGCGUCCAAAAUGACCUUACCUGUGUGCUUCAUUUGGGGCAUGCGCUGUUGGAAUACUCAUUGUCUGUCAGCAUGGGAGUGGGAUUUCGAAAACGGCAGACAUGAUGGCUACACCACGCACAAAGAAUGAUAAAGUGUACGGCUGUCCUCGAGAUCUCUUUCUUUAAGAGAAAAUCAAAUAACAUAUUCACAAAUAAUUUCUCUUGUUAAAAUAUUUUUUAUUUUCUUCUGCAAAAUAGUAUACAACGUGAAUAGCCAAAAUAUAUACGCAUAGUAUAAAAAUACUUAGAAUGUUAAAACGUCACACGUUACACCUGAAAAUAAUCGCAUAUAUUGAAAAGAAUCAGAAACAGAAAUUAUUUUCAAAUGCUUUAACAAAUUCGGAAUUUGAAAACAGAUUCCAACAUAAAUACAAUAUUUAUGUAUUUGUAAAAAUACUACCUGCAGUGCUGCUCACACAAGAUUUUCUCCAAAAUUCGCCACUGAAACAAUAAUUAUUUUUGAUAUGUUAUGUAACAUCUCUUAAAUGUAAUCGAAUUUUAACCCUGACAUAACGAAUUCUAAUUAAAAAUCUAAGUACCAAAAUGCA